UGUGUGUUCGCACCCCCUGGGUACGGGCCUGUUCCUGUAUAAGCACAAUACAAAUUCUUCAUAUUACAUCUUACAGUUUUAUCGUUGAAACCAUGCCUCUUCGAUUUUGUUUUUCACCUUAAAUAAUUACCACUACUGAAACUCAUUUUUAAGAACGUUUUCUUCCUGAUGAUAUUUACAUAGAGCCCAACGGCUGUGUGUGCUUCGGGCAUCAAUUAUAUAAAGAACAAAGCCUUAGGGUAAAGCACAUUUAAUAGAGGGGUGAAGAGUGGCGCCAAUGAUGCGCCCCGUGUGAGUGAUGGAAAGUUUGUUAUUUUGAGCAGCGCAUCUUUUGAGGGAACGCAGACAUCGCGAAACUCAACAUCUUCCCUUGUGAGUGAAAGUCUUCUCCCGUGUGGAUAUUGCUGAAUAUGUUGUACGAACAUUGCUUUCUCUCGUACAAAGAUCGUUCUCUUUUUUUCGUACUUUUUAUUCCUACCUAAUUUAAAGAAAUGAUACUUUAAAAAAGUAAAAACGUUUGAACUCUGACUCUUGGUGUCAACAGUACCUGCACACUUAUUUAGAUCUAAACGUUCUGCUAUACAUAAUGUCCAUGCCUUGUUUACUUCAGAAAUAUAAACAUUUUCAUCCUUCUUUUGGCUAAUUUAAAAUUUGUGUUCGUGUUGUCAAAUCCACAAUUGCCACGUUCUGCAGCUCUACAAACAUCAUCUUAUUAACGCUCGCUUGUGACAGUGUAGAUAAAAUAGUUAAAAAGAUUAAGUCAUCUGUGAUCGUCCCAUUCUGCCACUGCACGCUCUGGCAGUUCCAUUGCACUUUCUUUCUCCGCCACGGGAAUUUUACUAGCGGAUUUGUCUACAAAAAGUCAAGUUCAACUUAUGAGUUCAAGUUUGUUGCGGCUGAAAAAUAAUCGUAUGCUGAGAUAUUAAAACAUGCUGGUCCACAUUUCCAUCACUUUAUCAAUUCUUGGACUGGUCUCUUCAGACCAGGUCUGUUAUGGAAAGUACGGCUGUUUUAGCGACGCUUCUCCAUUCAGCCGCCCUUUCGUCCCGCUACCAGCCCCUCCUAGCAAAGUCGGCACCAGCUUUCAGCUAUUCACGCGUAGUCAUCCUCAUCUUGUUUCCAUUGACGACAGUGACGUAAAAAAGCUGAAGGCUUCGACAUACGACGGGAAAAAAAGGACAUUUGUCAUAGCGCACGGAUACACCGAGUCCGGCUCGACACCUUGGGUAGGACACAUGAGGCAAGCCCUUCUCCAGAAAGACGAUGUCAACGUCGUGAUCACAGACUGGGGGCCUGGGGCCGACGGGAUGUACUGGCAAGCUACUGCCAACACCCGAUUAGUGGGGGCACAGAUUGCAGAGCUGGUUAAGUUCCUGAACAAGCAGACCGGAAACACACCUUCUUCCUUCACGGUGAUUGGGUUCAGCUUGGGAGGUCACGUGGCCGGAUAUGCGGGAAGCCGGAUCAAGAAUACUACAGGACUGAAACUUGGCCGAAUCAGUGGUCUUGAUCCAGCCGGUCUGUACUUCGUGAACGAGCACGUGGACGUAAGACUGGACCCGAGUGAUGCUGAGUUCGUAGACGUGAUGCACACUGACAUGGAUUUUGCUGGAACAAGUACACAGAGUGGGCACAUUGACUUUUACCCGAACGGCGGCAAGAAUCAGCCGGGAUGCCGGGAUAUCGCAGACGGUCCCUCCAAUGCGCUCAAAUGCGACCACGUGCGUGCGCAUGACUAUUUCACCGAGUCCAUCACGUCCCAGUGUGCAAUGCGCGCUUUCCCAUGCGCCUCUAUGCACGACUUUGAGCGAGGGCUGUGCUUCGAUUGUGUCAACAAUCUGUGUCCGUCCGCUGGCUACAACGCUGUGAAGAGCAAAGGAAAGGCGAAAGGGAAAUACUUCCUCUAUACCAACAGGGAUGAGCCGUUUUGCGUUUUGCAUUGCCGGGUGACCUUCAAGACAGGAAGGAAGUGGUAUGGUGGCGGCACAUCGACUCCAGUCCACAUCGUGUUACAUGGAAGUACCGGAAGCCACAGUCUGAUCAAAUUCAAUGCACGAAACAUUCAAAAGGGAUCUAGUGAAUCGUUCGUUGCCCCAGUAACUACGGAUCUUGGACCGCUGACCAGUAUCGAUGUGCGCAAUAGGUUCUAUGGCGUUUUUCCCCCGUGGUACCUCGAGAAAGUCGUGGUUGAGCCCGCGGUUGGAAGGCAAAUGUAUAGUGGGUGUUUCAAAGCGAAAAUUGACGGAAAUGGCGUAGUUAGAAAACUCCAGCAGGGAGACCAAGCCUGCUAGUGUACCCAUGAAAAUGAUUCCUCCAAUGUCUUGUUUCUGGAUUAAAUAAAAAUUUCCAUUAUACAA